AUGCUUGUAGGGAUGCUGAAAUUCAAUGCUUUCGUAUUUGUUAUCUUUUCGAUUAUCGCAUUUCAUUGUGACAGUGUUCCUGUCAAUACCAUAACUCAACAGCAGUAUACAACGGUCCAAAUUGGAUGGACCCGUACCCAAGUAACAAACUUAGUUGGUAGUUCAGGACGCGUUGUCGCACAAGCUGGUACGGGUAGUGCGAACGUUAUUAUCGUGGAAUAUACCGGAAAUGGAACUGGAGCAAUCAACGCCGUAGUUGCCUUUGGAUUCAUCGGUGGACAACUCGUCUCCAAAUCUGAAGUCGGUUUCGUUGCUGCAGUCAACAACAAAAUCACUCUACAACAGUAUAGUACGAUACAAAUUGGCUGGACCCAGCAACAAGUUACACAACUUCUUGGUGGUACUGGCAAUAUUGUCUCUCAAGCGGGAACAAGUGAUUUGCCAUUUUACACUACCACAGUUCAAUAUACCAGCGCACAGUCAUCCAUCGCGACCGCGUCUUUCACAUUCACAGGUGGAUCACUUUCCGCUAAAAGUCAACUUGGAUUAGACACAGGCAUUUAUACCAUAACUCAACAGCAAUAUACAACGGUCCAAAUUGGAUGGACCCGUGCUCAAGUGACAAACUUGGUUGGCAGUUCAGGAAAUGCCGUCUCAGAGGCUGGCACUGGUAGUGCGAACGUUAUUAUCGUGGAAUAUACCGGAAAUGGAACUGGAGCAACCAAGGCCGUAGUUGCCUUUGGAUUCAUCGGUGGACAACUCGUCUCCAAAUCUGAAGUCGGUUUCGUUGCUGCAGUCAACAACAAAAUCACUCUACAACAGUAUAGUAUGAUACAAAUUGGCUGGACCCAGCAACAAGUUACACAAUUUCUUGGUGGUACUGGCAAUAUUGUCUCUCAAGCGGGAACAAGUGGUUCGCCAUUUUACACUACCAUAGUUCAAUAUACCAGCGCACAGUCAUCCAUCGCGACCGCGUCUUUCACAUUCACAGGUGGAUCACUUUCCGCUAAAAGUCAACUUGGAUUAGACACAGGCAUUUAUACCAUAACUCCACAGCAGUAUACAACAAUCCAAAUUGGAUGGACCCGUGCUCAAGUGACAAAGUGGGUUGGCAGUUCAGGAAAUGUCGUCUCAGAAGCGGGCACUGGUAGUGCGAAUACUAUUACCGUGGAAUACUCUGGAACUGGAGCAACCACUGCCGUAGUUGCCUUUGGAUUCGUCGAUGGAAAGCUUGUUUCCGAAGCUGAAUUUGGAUUUAAAUAA